UUGGGUUUCUUAAUGCUGCUCCUGUCGUGUGGAGGAACUGGUUUCCAUGUCACCUGCUAUCUCCUGUUACGUCUCCGGACACAAACCUGACAUAUAUACAGUUGACAGCGGGCAUCGCCAUCAUUGUUUGUUGUUGUUUAGACAUCUCCUGUUAGCCAGGUCCCAGUAUGUCGGGCACACCGGGCAGAAGCGGUGGCGCACCUCCAACCAGAACAGUACGAGUCUACCGGAACGGGGACGCCUUCUUUCCCGGAAGGAAAAUAGCGGUGAACCCGCGGCAGGUGUCGACCUUUGACGGCUUCCUGACCUCCGUGACCCGCGGGGUGGAGGCUCCGUUCGGCGCCGUCCGGAGGCUCUACACGCCGGCGCUGGGCCACAACGUUCGGCGCCUGGACGAGCUGAAGCACGGGAGUGUGUACGUCGCCGCCGGGAACGAGCAGUUUAAAAUGCUGGACUACAGCGAGAUCACAACCAAGAAGCCGGAGAAUAAGAAAAGACAACAGAUCCAACCUGUUGUUCACAGCAGAAUAGUAGUUUCUGCUCGCUGGAAGAGAACUGCGGAUGAGUCUUGCACAAUAAAUGUCUUUACAAACGGGGACGUCUUGGGGCCUCCAGCUCGGAUACGGAUCCCGAAGUACACUCUCAGAAGCUGGGAGAAUGUUUUAGCCAUGGUGACGGAGAAAGUGCAUCUUCGCACCGGUGCUGUGUACAGGCUUUGCACAUUAGAUGGACAGCCUGUCUGCGCUUCCACUCAACUGGAGAACCAGCAGCACUACGUUGCAGUUGGUGCAGAAAGGUUUAAAGCUCUCCCAUAUGACCGGUGCGUCCCCAGGGCUUAUAUCAGGGAAAACAACUCAAUUGAAAGUCAAGACGUCCUGCCUCCUAUUAGAAAGACAACACAUGCAAAGGAUGUGUUUCCUCACACAGGCUUUAGUGCGGACCCUGAGCACACAGCCAGGGGCCAGAUGAAGAAACACACGGCCAAGCCAGACGGAACCAAACAACAGAGGCGGGCGUCCAGAAACACAGUUCCCUUCUCAACAGGGGAGGGCAGUGUGUUCAAUGCGCAAAACAAAAGAAGUGAGACGGCGGGAGCGGCAGAGGUGCAGGAGGACCGCCAGUUGAAGGUGGACCUGCCGAUUGAUCAGGUUGAGGCCAAGAUAGUUGAAGAGGAGUACGGAGAUGGGAGCUGUUCUGCGAGUCCUUCCAAGGCCCCCCUGCAUGAUUCAGACGGCUUGUGUCUGCAGAGGUCUCCGUCUGCAGGUUCCCGGAAUGAUGAGGCUAAAGAGAGGGAGGUGUCUUCCAGGCUCAGCAGAAUACGGUCACGGAUGUCCCGCUUUUUCAAGGAUUAGGGCCUGUCUGAGAUGGGAAGCUGCCUCCAGGCCCCCCAAUAAGCUGCAGGCCAGGGGCCACUCCUCAGAGAGAGGGAUGGAUGGAGAGGGAAGGAGCCUGCUAUGGAUAUGUGUGCCAAGUACAUCCAGUCAUAAGGGCUCUGAGCCAGGAUCUCUGACAGAUUAGGCAAUAAUCAAUUAACAAAUUAAGAAAAAGUCAGCAUAACUACCUUGUAUCCCAUGUAUUAUAAAGCACUUUGAUGUGUAGCUACAGUGACUGGCCCACUUUUUCGGGGGGGAGUAACAGAUGUUGGAAAUGGCUUUGAGAGGUAUAUUGGCUCUGAGGAAAUUUCAAGAGUAUUUAUGGUCGGAGACAUGAAAGGGUCCUGGCUUGUGGAUGCAUUUAUAUUUGAAUGGCACCCACUUCAUUACUUAAUGAUUUGAAAAGGCUGUUAGGGAGCUGAGCCCGAGCCAACGAACCCAUGACCCUGCUGAGUCAAUGUGCUAAACAGACACAGGCUCUGCUUCAGGCGCUUCAGCACUUCUCGCACCAUGGAAAUAUGACAUGUGCCUACAGCUCUUCAUUACACCAGAUUAAAAAACACUGAUUCGUGCAAUAACCACAGAUCAAAUCAAUUGCCUGUGCAGUUAAAGGGACAACUUUGGUGACAGAUUCCCAGGGAACUCACUGCAGUUCUCCUCAGCUGAGUUUUAUAGCACCGUUUGGGUUUUCCACCCUCAACUUUCUGCUGCUCUUGUAGAGCUGUUGACAUUAGCAUUCAGCUCAAAGCGCUGUUGUACCAAAGAAGUGUCUUGUACUGAUUUAUUUGACAUAACAACUUGUAUAUUAUAGCCAGAAACCGAACCCGUGAAACUGAAAAUGUUGAGUGAGUGAAAAACACCCAACAAUUGUAUUGGUGCU